AAAAUAAAAGUGAACGAAUCGAAAAAGAUUCGGCGCACGCUUAUUUUUUCUAUUAAUUUGGUCAAAUUACAUUAGUUAAGUUGUUUUCUCCUUUUGAAUUUUUUCAAUAAAACUUAAUUAAAGUCCCUAAAAAAACAACUUAUUAAAGGUGAAGAGAGUAAUAAUUAUUUUUAAAUAGAAAGCAACUUAAACUAGAAGAAAAUAGCAUUUCAAUAUCCCAAGUUUUCUGAUCAAAUAAAAAAUAAAUAUCCCAAAGAUUUAACUGCUGCGAAGAUCUACGGGUUAGUUUUGUUUCUUGAUUUUUUUUUCAGCACUCUGAAAUGGACGCCAAGAUUAAUCAAUUCUUCGAGUCUGUCACUAGUUUUUUCGGUGGCGGCGACAACAUCCCGUGGUCCACUCCUGAUGUUGUCCUCGGCUGUGAGAGAGAAGUUGCAGACGCUGAAAAGGAUGGAUCUGAGGAUCGAGUUAAUGACAGUAUUAUGCGAUUGUCGUGGGCUCUUGUUCAUUCCAGACAACCUGAAGAUGUGCAACGAGGGAUAGCCAUGCUUGAAGCUUCACUAACCAACACUAAUAGUCCAUUGCAAAAGAGGGAGAAACUUUACCUGCUCGCUGUUGGUCACUACCGGAGCGGGGAUUAUCCAAGGAGCCGACAUUUUCUAGACCAAUGCUUGGAGAUUGCACCGGACUGGAGGCAAGCUCUGGCUCUAAAGAAGAAUGUUGAAGAACGGAUCACUAAAGAUGGUGUUAUUGGAAUUGGCAUCGCUGCAACUGCCGUUAGUCUUAUAGGAAUAGCAGCUGCAUUGGCUCGGAGGGGCUGAUCUUUCUUUUGGGAGAUAACAAACACGUUCAUCGUGCUUUUUGCUUUGUUUAGAUGCAACCUUUUUUCAGUUCACAUGAAUAAAUUUUAGCUUGUUUGUGAAUUAACCUCCAACUUUGGUGGAUUUCGGAUUAUUUUGGUUUAAUGAAAUGUAGAUGUUUUGUUUGCA